AACAUACAAAGGAAAAUGGAAAAUGGGAAUGGAAAGCUCAAAGUGGCACCCGCGAUCACUAUACGAGGAGUUAUCGCCAAGAUAAUGCAAAAUCUCAACAAAGAUGAUCAAAGGCAAAUCAUUCCUUUAGGCAACGGUGACCCCUCCGCUUUCCCAUGCUUCCGGACUACUCUUUCGGCCGAAGAUGCGAUCGUUGAUUCAGUUAGGUCCGGCAAGUUCAACUGCUAUUCUCCCUCAGUUGGUAUUCUACAAGCUCGGAGGGCUAUUGCUGAUUAUCUGUCGAACGAUCUCCCGUACAAGUUAUCACCUGACGAUGUUUAUCUUACGAUUGGAUGUACACAAGCAAUUGAAGUGGUACUGACAGCUAUAUCUCUUUCAAAUCCCGUUGCCAACAUUCUACUUCCAAGGCCAGGCUACCCUUUCUAUGAGACUUGGGCAGCCUUUUCCAAUCUGGAAGUUCGUCACUAUGAUCUGCUUCCGGGACAGAGUUGGGAGGUUGAUUUUGAAGAUCUUGAAGCUCUUGCAGAUCAAAAUACUGUUGGCAUGGUCAUAAUCAAUCCCGGAAAUCCUUGUGGAAAUGUUUAUACGUCUCAACAUUUGAAGAAGUUUGCAGAGAUGGCAAGGAAGCUUGGGAUUUUUGUAAUUGCUGAUGAAGUUUAUGAUCAUCUUACUUUCGCAAAUACUCCAUUUGUGCCAAUGGGGACUUUUGGAUCUAUUGCCCCUGUUCUUACACUUGGUUCUAUGUCAAAGAGAUGGAUCGUACCUGGCUGGAGACUUGGGUGGAUGGUCACCUGUGACCCAAAUGGAAAAUUUCAAAACUCGAUGAUCAUGAAGUCCAUUAUAGAGUGUCUCGAGAUCUCAUCAGAAGCUCCCCCAACCUUCAUUCAGGCAGCAAUUCCUCAAAUUAUAGAGAAUACAAAGGAGGCUUUCUUUUUUAAAGUAGUUGAGAUACUGAGAGUUGCUGCGAACAUAUGUUUUGAUAAACUUAACGAGAUCCCCUGCAUUUCGUGCCCAUGCAAACCAGAAGGUUGCAUGUUUGUUAUGGUAAAGCUAAAUCUCUUGAUGAUGGAUGACAUUAGUGAUGAUGUUGAGUUCAGCCUCAAACUAGCCAAAGAGGAAUCUGUUAUAGUACUACCUGGUGUAACUGUUGGAUUGAAGAAUUGGUUGAGGAUAUUAUUCGCUUGUGACCAUUCAACUCUUGAAGAUGCCCUAAGGAGGAUUAAAGCCUUCUGUGAAAGGCAUGCCAAGAAACAGUAAAUGCAGGAGAUGGACAACUCAGGAUUGGAUCUCAUGUGCGCACAAGCUAGUGCUGGCUCUGAUUUUCAAUUCCAAAUGAAAAUUACAAUAUUAAUUAGUAUGCAGUUCCAUCUUGUAACCCUUCAAUUCUGAUGCAUUAAUCAAAGAAAAGUG